AUGACAACAUAAUCUGGCCCAUUUUCUACUCCUGCUUUUAUUAUUAAGCUUUAUGAUAUUUUAGAUGAAUAAGUAGAUUCAAUGUAUUUAUAUAAGAAUUAGGUGUAAUUUAAUUAGAUUAUUAAAUGGAGCGAUGAUGGAGAGUAUUUUAUUGUUUUAUAACCAAAAUUGAUGGAGAAUGAAAUCCUAUUGCAAUACUUUAAACAUAAUCAUUAUUAAUCAUUUCUUAGAUAACUUAAUAUGUAUGAAUUUAUUAAAGCACGAAACUCAGAAAAUUAUGAGAUAUUUAGUCAUCCCUUCUUUAAAAGAGGCAAUAAGUAAGAUAAUAUUAAUGUUUUAGAAAAUAAUUAUCAUUGAUUAAACGUAAUCCUAUUAAAACUAAAUGCAAAGUAAAGAAAGAAUUGAAGUCAGCUGUAAAAUAAUAUGAUUUUUAAAAAUAAAUGGAUUCAGAAUUAUUAUUUUUAAAAUAAAGACAAACUAAAUUUGAAACAUAAUUUUAAGAGAUAAUAUCAUAAAAUGAAUAAAUUAUGGAUCAACAUAAACAAAUAUGGUAAGAACUCAGUAAUUCCAAAAAAACACUUGAUGUUAAAAUUGAUAGAAUUAGUUAUUUACUUAGCUUUAUAAUCCAAUAAUAAGGAAUUAAUAACUAAGACUCUAUUGAAAUGUUAAACUAAAUUUAGUGUAAACCAAAAUAAGAAUAUUAGCCAGUUGAAUCAUUGUCUCCACUAUUAAAAAUGAUGCAAAAUCAAAUGACUUGGAACCUAAAAGUACCAACUCAACUGAGCACAUAUAGUCCCGUAUAUAAUGAUUAAGGUAUAAUAUUUCUAUUAAUUAUAAAAUAUUUAGCAUAUUCACCUCUAGCCAUAAGGAGCUAAGAAAGUCUUGAUAGUUAUUAAAGUAUAAGUCCAUUCUACUAAUAAUUCAAAGACUAGUGA